UGCCUGCGGGGCCCUUAAGGGCAGUGCCGCCUGCGCCCAGCCCUGUGCAGCCCCAGUCCCAGCCCAACCCCAGCCAUGCACGCUCUGCUGCGCGCCGCGGGGCUCGGCUUCCUCCCGCUGCUCCUGCUGAGCCUCGCUCAGGACACCCCGGAGGCGCAGAGGAUGAAGACGGACUGCAACAAAACCGUGCCAGGCACCAUCUAUGAGUACGGAGCACUGACCCUCCUGGGUGAGGAGUACAUCCAGUUCAAGCAGUUCGCGGGCAAGCACGUCCUCUUCGUCAACGUGGCCACCUACUGAGGCCUGACCGCGCAGUACCCAGAACUGAAUGCACUGCAGGAUGAGCUGCGCAGCUUCGGUGUUGUCUUAUUGGGCUUCCCCUGUAACCAGUUUGGAAGACAAGAACCAGGAAAGAACUCAGAGAUCCUCUCCGGGCUCAAGUACGUGCGUCCAGGGGGAGGAUUCGUCCCCAAUUUCCAGCUCUUCGAGAAAGGGGAUGUGAAUGGAGAAAAAGAACAGAAGGUCUUCACCUUCUUGAAGAACUCCUGCCCUCCAACCUCUGAGCUUUUGGGGUCUCCACGCCUGCUCUUCUGGGACCCCAUCCGAGUCCAUGACAUCCGAUGGAACUUUGAGAAGUUCCUGGUGGGGCCGGAUGGAGUCCCUGUCAUGCGCUGGUUCCACAAGGCUCCGGUCAGUGUGGUGAAGUCCGACAUCUUGGAGUACCUGAAGCAGUUCGAAGCCCAGUAGGGGGAGUGGCUCCCCCUCCCCACCUCAGGCACAGCAUAAUAACAAGGGCUCUGUCCUUCCAGCCAGUCCUGUCCUGUCACCUGUCAUCAGUGCCUCUGCACUCACAUGUGAGCCCCUCGAGUGUGUCUGGAUGGAUGUGUAAGGGUGCGUGUGUGUGUGUGUGUGUGUGCCUGCGUGCAUGGGUUUGAGGAUUAAGGGAACUAAACUUACCUACCAAAAUCUCUGACCCUGAGAUACCAAGUUUCUCCCAAUUCAGGAGAAAAUCACAGUUCAGCAUGACUCAGACUUCCCGGUGUCUCUGAAGAGUCACCUCAAGUUCUGACAGGGAUCCCACCAAGUCCUGGCAGCCAAGACAGCAGAGCCGCCCAGGCUCUCUGGCCACAGCCUCCCCCAGCACAGCACCCCUCGAUCUUCCCCUCCGGCCUGCACCCCGUAGGACUCUUAGGCGAGCAGAAGCCUCCCUAGAAGGAAGGGUGUCUCCAUGAUGGUGGGUCCCAAAAGCCCUGGAUCGGACCCUACCAGAACCUUCCCUGGUGCCUGUCCUUUGUGCAUUCGGGUCACGGCGCCCAGGCAGGGAUGUCCCUUCACUCUGAACGGUAGACUUUCUCCUCACCCCGAGUCCCCUCAGCUUUAAACUCAUUCUGUCACUGCCUCAAAUUAAAAAAAACUUCUGCAGCAA